CAAACAAAGAUGCAGUCCUGUUGUUCUUUUCUGUUAUUACUAUGGGUGGCCCAGCUGCUCUCCCCGUCUGCUGCCCUGCCGUUCGAGCAGAAAGGCUUCUGGGAUUUUGCCCUGGACAGUCUGGACAUUGACAUGAAGGCCAUGAUGAGGGAUGAGGAAGAAGGAUCAGCCAUUGAAGAGUUGCCCCCACCCGACUUGCCCACGUGCCCCUUCGGCUGCCAGUGUCGGCUCAAAGUGGUCCAGUGCUCUGAUCUCGGACUGAGUGAGGUACCAAGUAAUAUUCCUCCUGACACAAGGUUCCUGGAUCUUCAGAACAACCAUAUCACCGAGCUAAAAGAGAAUGACUUCAAGGGCCUUACCGAUUUAUACGGAUUAUCUCUGAGGAACAAUUACAUCUCUAAGGUCCACCCCAAGGCAUUCCUCCCCCUACAGAGCAUGCAGAAGCUCUACUUCUCCAAGAAUCUACUGACCUCUAUCCCUAAAAACCUGCCUGCCUCCUUGGUGGAGAUUAGGAUCCACGAGAACCGCAUCAAGAAGGUGCAGUCUGGUGCCUUCUCAGGACUGGGCAACAUGAACUGCAUAGAGAUGGGAUCGAACCCCAUCCAGAACAGUGGUUUCGAGCCUGGUGCUUUCAAGGGUCUCAAACUGAACUUUUUGCGCAUAUCGGACAGCAGACUGACUGGCGUGCCCAAAGAUCUUCCUGAAAGUCUCCAUGAGCUUCAUCUUGACCACAAUGAGAUACAGGCUGUCGAACUCGAGGACCUGAAACGCUAUAAGAACUUGUACAGGUUGGGUCUUGGAUUUAAUCAUAUCCUUAACAUCGAGGGUGGAAGUCUUGCCUUUGUACCAAGGCUAAGAGAGCUGCACCUGGACAAUAAUCGUCUCUCAUCUGUUCCCAAAGGUCUCCCAGAUAUGAAAUACUUACAGGUGGUGUACCUCCAUAAUAACAACAUUGCCAAGGUGGAUUUGAAUGCCUUCUGUCCUAAGGGAGCAGGAAUGAAGAGAGCUUUCUACCAUGGCAUCAGUCUCUUUGCCAACCCUGUCAACUACUGGGAGGUUCAGCCAGCAACAUUCCGCUGCGUCAGUAACCGACUGGCCGUCCAGUUCGGAAACUACAAAAAGUAG